AUGGAAAGGAUGAAGAACACGACUUUAUCAUUUUAUACAUGCAUUAUCUUUUAUAAAUGCAUCAGAGAAGAGAGAGAGUCCAUGGCUGAAGCUGAUAAGCUACACGUAGUUUUGUUCCCAUGGCUAGCCUUUCGUCACAUUAUCCCAUUCUUAGAGCUUUCCAAGCCCAUAGCUGGAAAGGGUCACAAAGUCUCCUUCAUAUCAACCCCUAGAAACAUUGAUCGAUUGCCAAAAUUUCCUCCAAACUCAGCUCCUCUACUGAGUUUAGUGAAGCUCCCUUUACCCCGAGUCGACAACCUCCCUGAACACGCAGAGGCCACCAUUGACGUGCCCUACGACAAGGUCCAAUAUUUGAAAAAAGCCUUCGAUGGUCUCCAAACUGAGUUGACUCAGUUCCUCAAGAUCUCAAACCUCGAUUGGAUCAUCUAUGACUUUCCCCCUCACUGGUUGCCCCAAAUUGCAAGUCAACUUGGGAUUUCACUUGCCUUCUUUAGUACAGUCAAUGCAUGGUCCGGGGCUUUCUUUGGAUCGGCGAUCACCAUGGCGAACUCCGCUGAUUAUCGUACGAAGCUGGAGGACUUUACCGUAGCACCGAAAUGGGUUCCAUUUCCAUCUUGUAUCGCUUUUUGGCUCCAUGAGAUAAAGAGAUUGUACAACAGUGUUGAUGAUAAUAUUUUUGGCAUUUCAGACGCGUUGCGUUUUGGGAAGACUGUAAUGGGAUGCGACGUGUUUCUCAUAAGGAGCUGUACAGAGCUUGAACCUAACUGGUUGCACCUCUUGCAAGAGCUCCAACAAAAGCCAGUUGUUGCAGUAGGUUUAUUGCCACCCUCGUUCCAAGGCGACAAGGGUGGCAAGGAUGAUACUUGGCACACAAUCAAUGUAUGGCUGGACAUACAAGAGAAAGAGUCUGUUGUAUACGUAGCACUCGGGAGCGAGGUGACACCGAGUCAAGCUGAACUCACAGAGUUGGCUCUAGUGUUAGAGCUUUGUGGUCUGCCCUUCUUUUGGGCUCUAAGGAAGCAGCAUGACUCGGCCAACUCAUUUGAGUUACCAGAUGGGUUCCUAGAGCGAACCGAAGGUCGUGGAGUUGUAUGGACUAGUUGGGUGCCUCAACUCAGGAUACUAGCACAUGACUCGGUGGGUGGUUUCGUGACUCGUUGCGAUUGGAGUUCAGUCAUUGAAGGACUCCAAUUUGGGCGGCCAUUGAUUAUGCUGCCUUACUUGGGAGACCAAGGGUUGAUUGCUAGGGUUUUGGAGGAGAAGAGAGUGGGAAUAGGGAUACCAAGUGAUGGCGUUAACGCACUUUUACAAAAGAUGAGCUGGGAUUACGUUAGGUUGCUAAGAUGA